AUGUCGUAUGAUUUACACGGCAGUUGGGAGAAGAACGUCGACUUACACGCAAAGUUGCGUCCGACGGAGAGAGAAACAUCCGGAACUGGCGUCUUUAAUACCAAAUUUGCAGCGAACUAUUGGGCAAAGAGAGGUAUGCCGAAACAGAAAAUUAUCAUUGGAAUUCCGACUUACAGUCGGGGAUGGACAUUAAGUAAUUCUUCGGAAACGGCAAUUGGAGCGGAGGGUGGUCGUCCAUCAUCGCCAUCGACAACGAAUCCCGCUGGCGGUACUGCGGCUUAUUGGGAGAUAUGCAAAUAUGUGAAAGAAGGUGGCAAGGAAACGGUGGAUAAAAAAAGUGUUGGAGCGUAUAUGGUAAAAGGAGAUCAGUGGCACGGUUACGAUAAUGAGGAAACUAUCAAAAUUAAAAUGAGAUGGUUAAAAAAGAACGGUUAUGGCGGUGCCUUUAUGUGGACUCUUGAUUUUGAUGAUUUCAAAGGUACAAGUUGUGGCAAAGGUCCAUAUCCACUGUUAAAUGCUAUCAAUAAUGGGCUUGAAAGUGAGCAAACACCAUCAACAAGAGCAGUACCGGAAACUACAGAAGACACUGAAGUUGAAACAAUGACGGAAGCACCGGGAACUGCAAAUGA